ACCACCUUCCCCAAUCUCUCUCGUCGAUCACCUCCUCCAAGCCACCAAUAGCCUCAUCACUCUCCAAUCCAUCUAUCAGAGGUCUGCACGCAUACUUGUUAUUUUGUGGCUUUCCAAAUUAAAUGAAGCCUGAACCUGCACUUGCUUCCACAUUCUAGCAGCAAUCUCUCUCACCAGGAAAUGGAAAUGUGCACAUACAUUGAUGCCCAGUUGCACGAGGCAGCAAUAAAAGGCAAACUUAAUCCAUUCAAGGUUUAUCAAGGGCAUCAGCUUGAAACCCUACUGACCCCAAAUGAAAACACAAUAUUACAUAUCUACCUUACCUCUCAAACUAAAAGAUCCACCCUUUCUCGUACCCGAUUUAUCAAAGAGGUACUUGCCAUUUGUCCGUCACUAUUAUGGAAGGUUAAUGUCGACGGAAAUACCCUGUUGCACAUUGCAGCAAGAUACGGGCUUGCUGAUGUAGCAGAGGAGCUAAUCCAAUGGGCGCCAAAGGCUUCAGCCGGAGAUGAAAUACUAGAUUUAGAGAGUGGAGGAGAAGAGCCAAGAGAGAGGGAAAUGGUAGCAGUAAGGAGGAUGUUAAGGAUGACAAACAAAUAUAAAGAAACGGCCUUGCAUGAGGCUGCACGAAAUAAAGGAAGUUUGGAUGUUGUGAAAGCAAUAUUGGGGCAUGAAGAUGGUGAAUUUACAUAUUCUGCCAAUGAUGGUGGGAAAACUCCACUUUACCUGGCUGCUGAAAAUGGAUCUGCAAAGACAGUCCUUGAACUAUUAAGUAAUCCAAAUUCAAAAUCACUGGCUUAUGGCGGUCCUAGUGGUAAAACAGCAUUACAUGCGGCGGCAAUAAACAGGAAGACAAGCCAAGAGAUGAUAGAUAAGCUAUUGGAUAAAUGGAGUAGCUUGACCAGAGAAACAGAUGAAAAAGGAUGGACUCCACUUCAUUAUGCUGUGUACAAAGGUUACACUUCAAUGGUGGAAAAGCUAUUAGAAAAGGAUGAAUCUAGCGCUUAUAUUAGUGAUAAAGAUUGGAAGAGGACACCACUUCACAUUGCAGCUUGUCGAGGUCUCCACCAUCAAGUGGACAAGAUCAUUUCUAGAUGCCCAAAUUGCUGCGAACUUGUUGAUAUUAGAGGGUGGAACGUUCUUCACUAUGCAGUGAUCAGCCAAAGUGAAAAAGUACUAAGAACAUUGCUCAAACAUUCAUCAUUGGUUUACCUUUUAUAUGGAAAAGAUAUUAAAGGGAAUAUGCCUGUCCAUCUCUACAAGGCUUAUCACCCUCUCAAUGUGCCUUUAUCUUUGCAACUUUUUACCCUAAUGAAUCUUAUAUUUGAUAAGCCUAACUUGUUCUUCCAUUGGCUUCAACUGUACAGUCAAGUUCCAGAAUACUCUUCCUCAGAAAAGAGUGAGUAUCUGGAGUGGAUGAACAGCAUUGGCACUGGACCACUGGGAGAAAUUGAGAAUGAAGAAGAAAAAAGAAAAGAGAAUUUGAUAAUUGAACUUGAAAAAGUGAAAGACUCUCACUUGGUGGCAUCAACACUUAUAGCAACUAUAACUUUUGCAGGAGCAUUCACAAUACCUGGCGGAUAUAUAAGUGAUGAAAAAAGUCUACAAAAAGGGGCUCCUAUCCUAAGCAAAAAUCUGGCUUUUAAAGUAUUUAUAAUAUCAGAUUCUAUGGCUAUGGUUUUAUCUACUUUUGCUGUCUUUAUCCACCUUGUGCUGGCCCUCUUAAAAUACCAAAAAGGAAGCUUUUGGUUAAUAAAAUGUGCUUAUAUUUCCCUCUUCUAUGCUAUGGUAGCAAUGUUGAUUGCAUUUGUGACAGGCACUUACAGUUUUCUAACACCUCCCAUGGGGAUUUCCAUUUGUGCCAUUGGAUCGACCUUCUUCCUCUUCCUAUCUUGUUCGAUGAUGAGAAUCAUAACUGUGGAUAUCUGGAAAGGCUAUGAAAGAUGUCAGGCACGAUUUUUCUUCUGGCUGACUGGUUUCACUUGGGUCAUUAUCGGAAUCAUUAGUAUUCACUUAUCCCCUAUUUUGGGGUUUGUAAUUGGUUUUGUCCUGACUCCAUAUUCGUUUGUGAACCGCAUGAAAAGGAGGCAAACUAAUCGCCUUUUUAGAAAAGAAGCUGAAAUUAAUGAAGUUCAUGAAUAAUAUAUUCAGUAGCCGUUUUAGAAUUCAACAGAGAGAUUAUCAUAUCAUGCAGAUGAUGUUGGCGAAUGAAGACCACUUGUGUUUCUAGCUUCAUCUUUGUAUUUUCUUAUCUAUAGCAUAUCAUGUUGUUACUUUAGUUUUUGUUUGCCUUAAAAUGCUAUGUUGGGUUGUUCUCUGCUUUAUAAUGUUCCGUUGGUCUGUUGACCUCUCUUUCUUAUUUAUUGAGAGGGAAUGUUUUUCAUCAAUAAAGAGAUUUAGAUUGAUAAA